GGGGCUACGUCCCGUCUCAGGGAUGGGAGUUCGUGCCGUGCACCAGGAUGGAUAGGACAGAUAGAGGCAGCAGGGGCAAAAGCCGCAACCCCCUGAGGAGAAUCUCCUCUCCGCCCACCGUCUUCAGUCAGGUCUUGGAGCCCCAGUUCACCGCCGCUUCACCGGGCGUCGGAGGAGAAGGUGGAGCGGGGGGGUCACAGCUCGAGUUUCUAACAGGACAAAUGUGGCCUGGUGCUGAACCCACGCAACAGCAACAAACACAACACACAACACGGCUUAAAAAGAAACUGGAGGAUUUGAAAAAGCGGCAUGUGCAAGACAAGGAAGAAUGGAUGCGGGAGAAGGAGUCAUUGUUGAGAGAAGUAGCUGACAUACAAGGAGGGGAGAACAGGAGAAUUCUGCUGGACCUGAAGACGGUUUUGGAUGAGGUGCAGGCGGAGGUGAAGAGAGAGGAGGAGAAGAGGAGCGAUCUGCAGCUACAGUACACCAGAGACAGAUGUGCCUGGGAGCUGGAGAAGGCUGAGCUCAAAUGCAGGAUUGCACAGUUGGAGGCUAGAGAGGGUGCAGGUUUGGUCAUUGGAGGGGUCCGUCCAGCAGCAGGUCCUGGCUCUGUGGCGUCUCAGAGCGCUCGAGAACAGCACAGUGAGACCUCAACGUCCCGCCUGGAGAGGGAAGAGCAGAGGCGUCUCCUGGCGGACACACACUCGACCGCCAUGGACCUGCGCUGUCGUCUGGAGCACAAUGAAAGGGACUGGUCCAGAGAGAAAGCAGAGCUGCUGGAGAGGUUCAACGUGGAGAGGAGGGAGUGGGAGAGCCAGCUGAAGGAUAUGCAGGGGAAAAUUGAGGAGCUGUACUGUGAAGUGAGGGCAAAGCGAGAAGGGACUGGACUAAUCAGCGGGAGGCAAGAUCACGAUGAUGUUUUACACCGACUCAGCAUACGCUCAACCAGCACAGGCUCCAGUCUACUCAGUGACAACUCGCGCUCGGAGCUGCUUAGCAGCAGCAGUCAGUCAGAAAGAAUGGGACAUUCAUCUUUAACUGGUUUAGGUAACAACAGAAACAUCCAUGGCAGUGGUUGUGCUGGCACAGGGAGUCACGACCCAACCUGCUUCCAGGCAGACCGCCUCUGUGAAUUUAACACUGGUGGUCAGUUCACUCCGAGUGGCAUGUCACAUCCUGAGCUGCCUGAUUUGAGAUCCAGAGGCACUUGGCAAAAGGACCCAGUCAGUGAAAGCAAGGACGCUGUGGAUACAACUGAGCUGGAAGCUAUUUUUAAUGAUUCACCUGGAUGUGGAGUGCCAAAGAAAAAUGUGUCUAAAGAAGCUGAAGACAAAGUUCAUGCAAGUCCUGAAGACAGUACACUGUGGACAGAGCAGAGUUAUGGCAGCGACAAGAAGAAGAAUACCACAGCUCUCAAUGCUGCUCUGAAGGAGAUAGCCCGUGUGAGCGAGGAGCUUUGUAGCUACCAGGAUGAGAUCAGAAAGAAGAGCGGGGAUAAGAGGAAUCGGUCUGGGUCCCUGUGCCUACCUGAGGAGAGAGAGAAGCAGUUUGGUUGUGAUAAUGCCAGUCUGCAAAUAGAUGAAGCUCCCUGUGACUUCAGCCAGAUUUAUGACGACCUUCGAGCAUUGGAAAGGGAAAAUUGGAUCGCCUUGACACCAGAUAACACCUGCCAGGCCAAUGGAGGGUCGAGCAAAUCGUGGAGAGAGACUACCCCUGAUCCAGACAGCUACAGAGAAAUACAGACAAGCACCGGAGAACUCUCUGAUAUUGAUAAUGCAGCACCACCCAUCCCUCCCCGCGUCUCCUCCAGGAAUCUGAGUACCCCCAUCCACUUUGACACAGAACUACACAUCCCAGAAUCCCCAGUGACAACAGUGAAAAGGUGCCACAGCCCCUGUGUUCUAGUGGACAGAAAGUGUCACAGCCCGUCUAUUGUGAGGAAGUUUGAGGCAAUGCUGCAGGAAAAUGAAGGAAAGGUUUUAAUAGACGGCGUGGUGGCAUCCUGCUCUGUACCUGUUAAUUCUAACUGUAACAUGGGCUGCUGCCACAACCGCUGGUCCUGUGAUGCAAGCAAGUUCACCAGUAGCAAAUUGUCUGCAAAUGGGACUGUGCAGAAAAGCUUCUCUGAAGUCAGCAUAUUGGCUGCAGGGAAACGCUCAGAUUACAGCCCUGGUGUCGGGAACUUAAAAGAGCUACAAACUCCUCUGAUUGUUAAAGAUUUACCUGUAGAUCUGCUCUUAUCCUCUCUUGAAAUAUCCCCUGCCUGCCUCAACCAGCAUGUCUCCAAAAGAAACAUAAUGCUGGAACAAAAAACUGCUGAGUUUAACAGAACUUUGUUUCAGGCAGAGAUGGGUCGUGCCGCAGAGGAACAAGACGGCUUCACAGUAACAGAUGUCUGCUCUGCGGGAUGCACACCAGUCUUUUCAGCAACUAGUGCGUCAUGUGAGGCGUUACCUCCCAGGGAUACAACAUUUCAGCAAAAGUCUAAUGAUGUAGCUACAAGCGUCAUCAGUUUGCAUCCUGAAGCCAAAUUAGACUCCAAGAUCGAGACUCCAGAAGUUCAACUCAGACAAAAGAAGUGUAGUCUUGGGAGUCAAGUGGUCAAAGUGAAGCAAGAUAUCCCCAUUGACUUUUCAUCUCAACAGCUACAGCUAGGACUCAGGGAGGCUGUCACAAUAACCCCUGAGAGUCCUCCUCUCCAUUCUGAAGUCAAGCACAAAGUUCAAACUGCAAGCAGUCCUUCCAGGAAAAUACAACAGAGAGCCACAGAGGCUCUCUUUUCAGAGCCUGUCUUGCCUGCAGACACCCAGCCAGGUCAGGAUGUGGAUGGUUCCAGCUCUAAGAAAGAGAAUCCCUGUGGAGCAAAGCCUCGUGCAGCCAGAGUCUCGCUCCAGCAAUCUGCUGAGAACAAACAAAGACAGAUGACAGAGCCAGGGCACCAGGCACAGCCAAAGCAUGUGUCUGCUCCUGUUUACCAGUCUGACUCCUCCAGACCCGGGGCUCGAUUGAUGAAUGACCAUCCCUGGAAGCCCCUCACUCUGGCUGCGUACCCACGGCCAGAGGGAUCCAGGUCCAACUACGGAGCAGUGGAAAGGAUUCUGAAGAAUUAUGAGAGUGCAGCCAAGGAAAAACAAAACCAGAGCCAGCAGGACCUGAAGUCUUCAAGUCCUAACGUCAGUGUCAGGCAGAAGGAGAAAGUCACAGAACUGGACAUGCUGGACAUGGACCCUCUGCCCUUACUGGCCACCCUGAGACAUACACAUACUUCACACACCUCACAGACGCACACCACACAUGCACAGCUCAGCAGCCACACUACCAUUGGUGUGAAAGAGAUACAUCUAACUGUCCAGGAGGACAAAGAACCUUCAGUAUCCUCUAACUCCAUUCAGAAGAACUUCUCAAGGCCGGCCCGUCCUGCCAACAGACGUCUCCCCUCCCGAUGGGCCAACUGCUCGCCCACCUCCUCUGGCUCCUCUUCUCCCUCUACCAUCCCUGUUGUGCCUCCAUCCUUCCCCAUACACAAACACACUUCUUCAUUUGCCUACUCAAACUCCUUUCACAUAGAGGCCGUCAUUAUCUGACCUCCAUCUAACUGUGGGACUGUACCGACAGGAGCCUUCAGUGAUAACCUCUGAACAUUUUCUUAUCAUAAUUGAUGUACAUAUCAAGCCCAGACUGCUCCUCUGCUCCUCCUACAGACUCAGAAAAGCUUUAGUUUUGAGUAAGCACUCAUCUACAGAAUGUAUGUGGCAUUUGGUGUACCCAAAACGACCAUGGAAGGCAAGAAAAGGACUUGAAGUAGCUUCACUUUGCAGCAGUGUGCUCUGAUUAACCUGCCAGGCUUUAUGCAGCCUCUUUUCCAAGAACGAUCAGAUCCAAUGCUUCAUCUAUUCAUGGCAACCAUCUAAAUGGAAAUCCUUUGCUCAGGUCUGGGUUCUAGCUCUGGUGUAGCCUUGCAGAUCCACCAACAAGCUGAUCUCCUCAACAGUACUCCCUCUGUUUUCUAAAUUAGCUCACAUUGAAACAGUCUAAAAAUCAGAUGAUGUAUUGAAUAUGUACUGUAUUUUGUAUUCUAUGUGCAACAUGUUUUGUGUUUGUUUUUUUCUUCACAAAAUAUGAUGUAACAUCCACAAUAUGCAGCAUCAUGUUGGACCCUGAGAUGAAGUGACUCUCAGUGUGCUGGACAAAGCAGUGUUGGUUUUCUGCCUUCUUGAAUAUUACCGUCAGUACAUGCCUGGACUGUACCUUAACUGUGACUAAUACAUUUUGAUUUACAUUCUUCAUGAUUGCAUUAACAAAACAAUGUGAAUGUGAGUUCCUUUUUUUAUAAAUUUGUACCAAAGGCUGGUUUCUUUAUAUGCAUUUUCUUGAUUUGAAAAUUAAAUGCAUUGUUUGUAAUGGCAAAGUCUUUGCUGUUCAUCCAUUGCUGAUGUUUUCCAAUCAAAAUGUGUGUUAACCAUCUUUCAUGAGACUUUGCUUUUUGCAUACUAUAACUAAUGUUGCUUAUAUGACACAUAUGAGAAAGCCUUUUUCUACCUUUACUAAUACAGAAUGGUCACAUAUCAGGACAUUACUCAGCUGAGUAGUUCAGUGUUUUGGGUCAAAGUGUUUAAUCAUAUCAUCCAGAAGAUAAUGCCUUUGCUGUUCUUUGUGUAAUAAACAUAAGAACUAGAA